UUUUAGAAGAAUAGAGCCAUGGAAGUGUCGGAAUUUUUAAGUCGUACGGAUCGCCGCAACCUCAAGUCUCAAAUAGAUUUCCAGGUGGCGCGUAAAAUGCGGGAGUGGUACCAGGAGGUGGAUAAACGUCGCUUUAGUCUAAGCUUGCUGCUCCAGACGGAAGCCUUACGGGAGGAUGAGGAGAUAGCAGAGCUUCUCCAGGAACGUGCCGAUGAAGCGGAGAGGAGACGUCACGAGUGGAUUGAAAUGGAGCGUUUAAAACGAGAAGAAGCUGAGAGGGAGCUGGUUAAAGUCAAAAAGCAGCAGAGGGAAAUCGAAAACUCUGAAGCCCAUCGCCACAUGCAAACCAAGGAGAUACUUUUGGAAACCAAGCAGGCUCAGCUUCAUCAAAUAGAAGAAUGCUCAGCUUCAUCACAGGCUCAAAAUAUGGACAGAGAUCGGGAGAAAAAGGAACAGUUUGCCAAGGAAGUAUUAAGCGAACAAAGAGAGUGUGCUGCGGCCCUUGAAGUUGCCGCCGAAAUGGAUGUCCUAAAGAAAAAGCAGGAACUAAAAAAAGAUAAGGACAAGAGGCGGAAACAACUGACUGACUUGCAGGACCAAAUCAAACAGAAUCUUCAAAUCAAUGCCACAAAGACAAGGGAUAACAUGAGGGAGGAUGUGCUUUACAACAUACUCGAGGAUCGACAAAUUUACGAGGAACUCAUGCAAAAGCAUUGUGCCCGAGCCCAGAAUCGCGAUUGGCACCAGCGCUACAUGACACAUACGGCGCAGGAGCGUGCAAGUGAAUUGGAGCGGUCGGAAAAGCGGGAACGGGAAUACCUGGGGACUGGGUGUGUGCUCAGCCAACAGCAGAAGCAACCAUAUGGCAAAGAGGUCCGAUAAACGGCCGAAACAAUCAACUUUAUAAGCAUUACUAACCAUCGAUCGAUGGGCCGAAGCACUCAUGUCACGCCUCAUAUUUGGAUACGA